GCGAGCGGAAGAGCAGGCGCUUCACGGUGGCGGCGGAAGUGGAGAGCUACAGCGUCCCGAUCAAAGUGGUGCCAUGCAGCAAGAAGCAGAGAGAUGCAGAGUUCGAACCAAAAGGCCUGACAUGGCACUUUAUGUACCUAAAGCUCGAAGGGGAGCAGCUCUCCUCAAGUCAGGUGACCAGGAAGAAAACCAGGGGCCUCCUGCCUUUGUGCUAAAAGAACAAAAAGAAGAUUGUCUUCCCCAGAAGACUUCUGCAAGCAAACCCGAGUCCCACAGACUAAGUGCAGGCCAAUCUGGUAGAAAGGAUAGUAACUGUAGGGAAGGAAAGAGAUCUCCACCAAAACUAAGGAAAGACAGGUCCCCACCAAAAAGGAAUAAAGAGAAGGCUUGUUCUAAGAGAGGAACUGGAAAACCCAUAGAAGCCUCAUCCCGAGAACAUCAGCACAGUGCUCACGAUGCUGCAGCUGUAUCUAGCGUACCUUUACGAAGACUUUUUAAACCAAAGGAGAUGGAGUGUGUGGAAGUUCAGACUUCAGGAGGGACAGGACCCUGGGGGGUGCCUCCAUCACAGUCUUCCUCAGAAGUCAGUGCUGCACAGGUUCCAAACAGACCGUUCCAGAAUGUGGAACUCUGUGAUUUCAGUGGGGAAACUUUUGUAAAUAGAAAUUUGGAAAGCAGCAUUGUAACUGAGGCCAAAGUUAUAGAACUAGUCUCUCAGUUUCCUCAAGUUGUUACAACUAUGCUGAAACCAGAUGGUAUGGCUAUGCCAGGGACACUAAGUUCUGAUUCUGAAACUGCACCGUAUGGUAUGGAAACAUCACAUGGGGUAUCAAAGCACAGUCCUGGGAACAUCUCUGCAGUUUCUGUUCCUGGAGGGCCAGAUGAUGCUGCACAUCCAACUUUUGUAGACUUCGAAGCUGAAAGUGAGAGUACAGUCAACAGUACAGAGUCUGUCUUGGGUCAAAAAGGUGUAGAUUCCAUUUCUGAGACUAUGGGUAACGUUUCUCUUAAAAUGGCUAUAGUCAGCAAGCUAGAGAGCACAAAUGGUAUUAUUGACCCAGCAGUGACUGGAGAGUGUAGGAAUGACAGCUCUGCUGAUGAGUUGUGUGUGAAGUCUGAACCUUCCGAUACAGUGGACCUUGUUCAUGAAAUAGACACAGGUAAUGGAUUUAGGGAUGUAUGCGACAGUGCCAGCAAGGCAGGUAUGGUGGACAUUGCAGGUACAGUUUGUGACCCUGUGACUGUAGGCAGCCCUUGUACAGCUGCAGUUAGAGAAUCUGGUGAGAGUAGUGGCAACAUGAGAAAUUCCUCAGAUUAUAUAGAAAUGAGUGCAGAUGUAGCCCGACUUGAUUUAGCUAAGAGUGAGACGAACUCUGAAAACAGUAGCAGCCUAAAUGCUUGCUCAGAUAUUUAUGCUGGGAGUAUUGCAUCUGGUUUUACAGCGUCAACAGGAAAGUUGACAGAAAGUGUGUCAGAUUGUGCUUCCUCUUUACCCAUAAAGAAGACUGCUGAUAGUGACAUUACCCCUUGUCUGGACUCUGAACUGAGCAUGUCGAAUGGAUCAGGCAUACUUGUGGAGAGUGCCUUGGCCAGUGAUCUGGAUACUACUGAGGAGAUGACAGAGGCCUUGCAUGACCUAAGAACUGCUGAAGAAUUUAAAACAAAAGAGGAAGAUGACUCAGAGAGUAGAGUGUGUGGCAUACCAUUUUCUGAUUCAUCUGUGGACACAUCUGUAGAUCUAAAAACAACAGACACUUCUCAUGCACAAGGAAGUAUUGCUGUGGAGGAAAGCUGGGAGUCUAUGUUUAAUGAUGAUGGUGAUUGUGUAGACCCUCGUCUUCUACAAGAGUUAUCAGGAAAUAUGAAGAACAGAAAAAGUAUCCAGGAGCCUAGAUUUGAUUAUUACAGCCAUGAACUUCCUGAUAUUGACCUCAGUGAAUGUGAAUUCCCACAUGUCAUUGAAAUUUAUGACUUUCCUCAAGAAUUUCGUACAGAAGACCUUUUGCGGAUUUUCUGCAGUUACCAAAAGAAAGGAUUUGAUAUUAAAUGGGUAGAUGAUACUCAUGCCUUAGGAGUUUUCUCCAGUCCAAUCGCAGCUCGAGACGCCCUGGGUAUUAAGCAUACUAUGGUGAAGAUCCGGCCCUUGUCACAGGCCACAAGAGCAGCCAAGGCCAAGGCUAGGGCUUGUGCUGAGUUUCUUCAGCCAGCAAAGGAGCGACCUGAGACUUCAGCGGCCUUAGCCAGAAGGCUGGUCAUCAGUGCCCUUGGGGUUCGAAGCAGACAGAGCAAAACUGAACGGGAAGCCGAACUCAGGAAGCUGCAGGAAGCCCGAGAAAGAAAACGACUGGAAGCCAAGCAACGGGAAGAUAUCUGGGAAGGCAGAGACCAAUCUGUGGUUUGACAUCACUUACUCAAAGGAAUGAAUCCAUGGAUUAGGAUGUGUUUGAUAUUCUUGAGACAAGAGGAUCUUUCCAGAGCUGUGCACAUGCAGAUGAGCAUGUUAAAGAAAACGGGAACAAGACAGAAGACUGGAGGGCUUAGAGAGAACGAGCAGUCCAGUCCUCACUCCUGAAUUCAGACCUGUCCACUGGAGUAGAGAUGUUAACAGGCACUGUCAUAGGAAGGAAAAUGGAAGAAGUGGCUUUCUAAGAGUCCUGUGUGGAGCAGGCCAUGUUAGUGUGGAUCCCGCCUCCAGGAAGUCUGAAGCAAAUGUAAAGCAAAACAGAGGAUUCGAGCCUGCAGUGACAGGAGUUGGAGGUCCAUGGCAGGGUGUUCCUCCGUACUUCAGAGUUGAGCACUGCAGAAUUAGGACAGCAAGGGGAAGUGGAAGCAACUCCCAGACACGAGUGCCUGGUGCACCGGUCACGGACAGAGACUACACUGCUGGCUGCAGAACUCCAAAGCCACUGACCCUUCGGCACAUCGUGGGCAUUUGGACUCCUGAGUUUGUACUAAGCUUGGUGUCUGGCACUGCUCCAGCUACACGGCAGCCAGGGGUCUGCCACCUUCCUUCCUCAUGAAGACCAGUCCUAGGAGCUGAGUGCCAGCACCAGUUUAAUCAGUGAUAUGUUGUGAGAGGGAGAAAUUAAAGGCUAUUUUAUAACAUAAAUCAUUUUGGUGUUUAUAAAUCUUGAUCCCCCACCCAAAACCAACAACAGAAGAAAACAGAAAAACCUGUAGAUGAGUUCUCUAGUCUUCAUGUCUCUGAUGCUGUGCCUGCUUAAACAGGUGCUAACUUUGAUCAGUCCAGCGCGUAUAGUGCUUGCGGGCUUUCCUGCCCUAGAGUAGACCCCUCAGUGACCAUCUUGGCAGUUCUGUGUGGCAGCCUCCCUGGCCUUCAUCUGCUCAUGUAUCUUCCCUCCACCUCUUGCAUUUUUCCAUAGCUGUCAAGUCUGAUGCCCUAUAGGAAACAUCUGGCACCUCUGCUCCUGGUACGAUCUGAGCCUGUGCAGAGGGUUUGGCGAGCAGCACCAGACCAUGCAGUACAGUGGUGAGCUGCUAGGAUAACCAGUGAACUGUUUCCAGAAGGACAUGGACAGGGUAGAGCCUCCAGCUCAGGCGCUCUCUGUCUACAGCUCCUCCUUGGAUGGGUUUGGAAGGUAGUUCUGUGCUAAAGAAACGGAAGUGCUAGUCUUUAAGGUGCUGAGGUGGCAGAAACUCGUGUCACAUUGUGUUUUCAACUAGGGCAGAAGCUUCUUUUUAUACCCAUGACAAUGAUGGAUUAUUGGCUUUGUCUAGAACAUGGUAGAAUGGGGCUCUUCAAGUAUCCCUCAGAUGACACCAGCCUUGGGUCUGAGUCCUGAGCUGUCCUUGUUGCUAGUCCCAGCUUGGAGCUUUGUCACAGUUCUUCAGCAUUGUUUCUUCAUCCCACGUUUGCUUUCCCAGUGGCCCUCCACAGUGCCAUCAGUGGGCAAAUGCAUCGGUUUUGACCCUCUAUUUCCACUUAAGUCUUUGGCUUCCAUUUGUAGGGUCUGUGCUGUUUUUACUGUUUACUAUGCUCAGUUUGAGCAGUGGAUACAUUGAAAGAAAAGACCAAGGACUCUAGUAUUGGCUUUGAUUAAUUUUUAUGUUGUUUAUUAUUAAUAUAGUAUAAAUAUAUUUAUUUUAUAUUA